AUGGCCUUCAAAAUCAGCACCGCCAAAUCUCUUCGUGCCGCUCUCGCACAACUCGACGCCGAUAUCAAGGAUGCAGUGAAGAGGGGGGAGGUAAAAAAGAUGAUGAGGAAGUUGAACGAGGUCAUGAGGGAGGUCUUACGUGUCAAAAAGGCCCAGACACAUCCUGAGAUUUUUAAGGAAUUCAGACAGUUUCUGUGGUUGGUUGUUGUGGAUUACAAGAAAUCCAACGCCGCGGGCGACUUUGACGACACCACCUUUGUCCCCAAGCAUCGCGAUGCGCUGGCAAAAUUGGAGGUUGCCAGUGCAAUGGCAACCUCCACCUCGAUUGCUUCCAAUGCCGUUGAGGCAACUCCGACCCCAACGUCGAAUGGAUUGCCCCAUCGUGCUCCCGAUGUUUUGCAGUCGGCCCCGACUCGUGCUCCUGUGCAGUCGGCCCCGACUUGUACUUCCGACAUGUCGCAGUCGGCCCCAACUCGCAAGGCACCUGCAAGUCAGGUGUCAGACAUUGAGUCGACUUCGUCUCUAGGGCGCAAGUACCCACCUGCCGUUGUUGCACAUUGGGGACCCACGGAGUCCAGUUCUGGUCGGGAUCGAAAGGCCCUCAAUCCCACCAAUAGUACUGUUGCUGGAACUGUGUCCACCCAAGCUGCUGCGAUUAAGUUGACGCCCUCUGAGGCUACAGUCUUGGUGGUCUUCUUUGACUCAGUAGCACUGUCUAAUGUGCUCUUGAAGCCAAACCAUGCUUCAAGAGCUCUUGCAGAACUGGCUACUUCCAACCGUUCCACUUCGUCGUCCCAUCCCGUCCAUCCCAAUCCCGAAUCUUCAUCCCGCCAUGCUCCUUCGCAUGCCAACAAACCAAAUCAAAAGUCAAAACCCCGGGUCCCGAAAGAACAGGCAUCAAAGGAAAGCUUUCCAACAAAGUCAGUUGGUUUAUUUGCUCACGAGGUUGCAAUGGCACACUUUGACCGCCCCGAUAGCCCUGAAAACAAGUUUAGGGCGUUGAAGCUGCAAAGAAUGCUUAAAGAAGGUCCUCCUCAACCACCAAAAUCGGGCUCCAAAUACGAGGAGUCAUCGGAGAACGAGGAGUCGGGGGUGGAGACAGGGGUAAAGCGCAAAAGGUCGGUCAAGGCAGCAACUCCGACGGCUCCAGCCACAAAGUGCAAUCGAUGCCUCAAAAAUAACAACAAGGAGUGCCAGGAGAUUAUCACCAACACAGGAAAACGUGCUUGUACCUUUUGCAGCAAGCACAAGAAGGGUUGCACAUGGGGAGGUACGUUGGUUUCCAAAAGUCGUUGGGCUAACAAGGCUUCUGCGGCAAAAGCAUCAAAACGGGGACCAAAGGGCAAGCAGUCGGAACCUGUUACUCACUCCAACGAGGAGGCCAUGCCACCCAAAAAACAGGUGAAGUCUCAACAAUAUGUGGUAGACACUGAUGACGCCUCAGAGGAGGAAAAAUCUGGUACUGAGAUACAGAAAACAACCAAACCGUCGGAAUCGGUUGAUUAUCUUGAGAUUAGCUCUGGCUCUGAAACCCCCGCUCCUGCAAAGCCCGCUUCUUUGAAAGCCGGUCCAUCAAAUAUUGCUCCUUCAAAACCCACCCCUUCAAAAUCCACACCUACUCCUGCACCCUCAACAACAGUUCAGAGGGCUACUCCUCCACAUCAAUUGCAAGACUCUGACAUCACCGACAUUCCAACUAUUGCCGACUUUGCAAAGCGGAUUAAUGAGUUGGAAAUCAUGGGUUGCACAACUCAGGUCGACUUGGCCAUUCUGAGAACAACUAAUGAAGAUCUUCAGGAGGAGCUUUACAAUUUGAAAGCAUCAUAUACCUCACUCAAGCGCAGUUACGACAACCUAUGCGAGCGAGUUAGCAGACAUCGAAAUGCCGCAGUCGAUUGUCAGUCGGCGUUUGGAGCAAAGUGGGAGGCUGGGAUGAGAAAGAUGAAGGCAGAGGUCAAGCAUCUUUCCGACUCCCUUGAUAGGACCAACGAUACCCUUCUCUUUCUUGAAGGCCGCAUUGACGAGAUACAGAUGCAUCAGAUGAAUAGUGAUGGUGCGUAUCUUUCUGAGGAGUUUGUGGAAGACAUGGAGAGUGCCGCUGAGGAUGGUCCGACGGAUGGUUCAAUUCCGAUGGACUUGUCUUCAGAUGACAAGGCAGGCACCUCUGCAAACUACCAUCCCGAUUCUGCUAUUGACCCCGUUUCCGACAAUCACACCAAUUCCGACUCCGACGAUGACGCCAAUUCCGCUUCCGACAAGAACACCAAUCCCGCGUCCGACAACAACGUCGAUCCCGCUUCUGACCACAACACCAAUCAUGCCGUCAUAGAUCUCACUGCCGAUCACACCACUGACAACAACGCCAAUCCUGCUGCGGAUCACGGAGUUCAGGCCGUCGGAACGGAAAAUGUGGAAAAUGUCGAUGGUGCUAAAGGUGCUUCUUCUCUCAAUCCCCCGGUUGAUUUUACUCCCCCUCAGCCACCCACCACACCACCAGCACUUCCGUUGUCGCCCCCGCCACCCUCUGUAGAUGCCAAUGCCUUGUAG